AUGGAAACCAAUCUUGCCGGUUUUACGGACAUUCUAGGUGAAGAAAUACCCGAUUCUCAACCUAUGUCGCUUUCUUCUAUUUCUGAUCAUAACAUCCAACGAACACAGGAAUAUACUGUACCACGCAUGAUAAAUCCAAUCAAUAGACCUUCAAAAUAUACAGGGCAGCAUGGAGAGUUUCGAAGUAUUGAAGAGAUAGAUCCUAAAUACAGAGGAAUUUUCACGUAUCCAUUCUUUAAUUUAGUGCAGUCAAGGGUGAUAGAAGACGCCUUAUAUUCAGAUAAAUCAAUAGUAGUAUGUGCACCUACUGGCUCGGGCAAAACGGUCGUUUUUGAAAUGGCAAUCGUGCAACUGCUUAUGGAAAUGGAGGAUAAACAAUAUGAUAGAGAUUUUAAAAUUAUUUACAUGGCUCCUGUUAAAGCUCUAUGUACUGAAAGGCUUACGGAAUGGUAUUCUAAGUUCACAAAACUUGGCAUGCUGUGCAUUGAAGUAACGGGGGAUACGGAUGUCGACUUCAGCCAGUUGAAGCCUUACAGAGUGAUAAUAACAACGCCAGAGAAAUGGGAUAUGAUGACGCGUCGGUGGCGUGACCACCGCGGGUUGGUGGAGCUUAUCAAACUAUUUCUAAUCGAUGAGGUCCAUAUUCUGAACGAUGAAACACGAGGUCCUGUGCUUGAAGCAGUCGUCAGUAGAAUGAGAACUAUUGAGUCUUCCACCCAAUCUGAGCAUAGAAUAGAACUGCUUCAAAGGCAAUACCAGGGUUGUCAGAACGACUUACCAAAUGUGAACAAUCCUCCCCCGAGGAUAAGAUUUGUGGCCGUGUCUGCCACAGUCAGCAAUCCUGAAGAUGUGGCUGCCUGGCUCGGGAAUAAUGAAAAACCAGCGGUUUAUUACAAGUUUGGUGAUGAGUGUCGUCCUGUCAAACUGAAAAAAGUAGUGGAAGGGUAUCCGUGUCCAGACGGAACCAGUAUAUUUAAGUUUGACAUAAUUCUCAACUACAAACUGUGGCCAAUUAUACAGAAAUAUCACAAUGGAAAACCUACGCUUAUAUUCUGCAACACAAGAAAAAGUGUGACACUAACUGCAGAAGCGCUGUCUCGUGAGAUCACGAUUAUUUUCAAUCCAGAGCAACGCGCCAAGCUGACGGCAUUAGCUUCCACAAUUAAGAACAAGAAAUUGCAGUCCUUGGUCCUGGCAGGCGUGGGUUGCCACCACGCUGGUCUGUUGUUCGAAGAGAGGCUCAACAUAGAAACAGCUUUCAGGAAUAGGGAUCUGCCUAUCCUCAUCACAACAACAACAUUGGCUAUGGGGGUUAAUCUUCCAGCCCAUUUAGUUAUUAUAAAAAAUACCCAGCAAUAUGUCAAUGGAGCUUACCAAGAAUACAGCAUCAGCACGGUGCUACAGAUGGUAGGCCGAGCCGGCAGACCACAGUUUGAUACUGAAGCCACUGCCGUUAUUAUGACUCGGGCCAAUGAUAAGCCCCGUUAUGAAGCUCUGGUGUGCGGCAGCGAACCUCUUCAGAGCUACCUCCAUAAGCGCCUACCGGAAAAUCUAAACAGCGAGGCAGCUUUAGGGACGGUCAGGGAUGUGGCUCAAUGUGUACAAUGGUUGAGGUCUACUUUCCUGUACGUUAGAGCAGCUAAAGAUCCGAGAAGAUAUUUGGGCCUACCUAACAAUUCCCCAUAUCAUUUAAUCUCGAAGAAGAUAGAAGAGCUUUGUGUGAGGGCUAUGAACGGGUUGGCUAGCGCGGGGCUGAUUACUAUGGAUGAAACCAGUUGCAUAGAGUCCACAGAGGCCGGUCGGCUCAUGUCAAUAUUUUACUUGGACUUGGAAACUAUGAAGCAUAUCAUGAAGAUCGAAGGCUCGGAAACUUUAGAGCAAGUACUGUGGGUAGUUUGCGAUAGUCACGAGUUAGCUGACAUGCAUUUGAGGGUAGACGAACGGAGAUGUUUGAACGCGCUGAACAGAAACAGCGCGGCCACUACUAUACGGUUCCCCAUGAAGGGCAAGAUUAGUACACGGCAGAUGAAGCUCAAUUGCAUGAUACAAGCCGUGUUAGGAUGCCUUCCAAUUUCUGACCCAUCUAUAAACCAGGAGGCAAUGAAAAUUAUGAGGAUUGCUGAUAGAGUUUGCAAAUGUUUAGUAGCAUAUGUCACUCGCCCCGACCUUGUGUGCCGACAUCCAAACUUCUUCUCGGCAAUAUUAAACUCUCUGAUUCUCUCAAAAUGUAUAGCAGCACAUUUGUGGGAGAAUUCGCCGUAUGUUAGCAAACAACUGAAAGGCAUAGGGCCCACUUUUAGCACGCUACUUGCCACUGCCGGGAAAAUUAACUUCAUGCUUUUGGAGGAAAGCCACCCAAGAGAUUUGGAAAGAAUAAUGAAUAAAGGUCCUCCCGCUGGUAAUGUUCUACGCAAACAAAUAAGUUUGUUACCAAAGUAUCAAAUAACAAUGACACCAGUAGACGAGAGCGUUGUAAAGAUGCAGCUGUUGCUGCUCAACCACAAUUAUCUGGCUGAAAACAUGGAGCACCUAACGGCAGGAGAGAGGCACAAAAGUUACAUCAUCGUCGGCGAUUCUGAAAAUCACUUGUUAUUACUGUCAUUUUUCCAGGAUAAGGAUUUGAUAGGAAUGUACGACGGAAUAAUCACACACGAAAUAAGAAGAAAAUAUAAUUUUGAACACAAAAUCAUAGCGCACUGUAUCAGUUCCAAUUUCGUUGGCAUCGAUGCACAAUGUGAAUACGUAUUUAAAGAUUUAGAAGCGGCAACAAUGAAUAUUGAUGAAGAUAACUGUUAUUUCAAUAAGGAUGCAGCAACCAAUAUAACAAGACAGUCUUGUAUAGCAGAUGUCUAUAAAGAAAGAAAACGAAAAAAUGAAUGUGAUUCAGAAAUAUGCCAAUCAAAAGAAAAAAAGAAACGUGAGAGCGCACUUGCUGAGAAAAUUAGAUUAUUGAAAGAAUCAUUUGGAAAAGCAACUAAAGAUAAUCUGCCAAAGGAAGCAACAAGAAAAUCUGCCAAAAAAUCUAAUAAAACAGCACAUGAUGUUUUAAAUUUAAACGAUAAAGUGGCUCUUGAUAUUGAUAAAAACAAUUCAAAACCAACGGAAAUAUUUAAGCAUAAUAAUAAUGUCACCACACGUUAUAUAAAUGAUCUUGAAGAACAUAAUGACUAUAUUGAUGAUACAAAAAUAAAUGACAUACUAAAUGAUAUUGAGAAUGAAAUAAAUAAGGGAGAAAAAAAUUAUGAAUAUUUCGAUAGCAAACUUAACAAUGAAAAAUUCCUCAUACAGACAAAAGAUACUUUUAAACAUCCAGCAGGUGUGCAUCAAACAAAAGUUAUUAAGAAACCAAAAAAGAGUAAUUUCAGUUUCCUAGAAUUAUUAGACAAAGGUGUUGAUUUUAACGAAGAGGACGAUGGUAAAUCCCUCACCGAUACUGGAUUUUCCAAUACUGUAAAAUUGCAAAUUGAUAAAUAUUUGCAACAAACUCAAGCAACUACAAAUACUAAUAAUAUUUUAGUCGAGAAUUUGCUCAAUGAAAAUAGCUUGGGAAUAGAAAAUAGAAACAAAGAAAGUAAUGCGGAUGAUAUACAUGUCAAUUCAAAAAAACAUUAUAAAUGCUCAAUAGAUUCAGAGGAAACUAGAUCUGUGGCUAAUGUGAACAAUGAACAUAACAGAGGAUAUGUUUGCAAAAACGCCCAAAAUAAUGUAGAGGUCAAAUCUACUCAAGCAUCAAAACCUUAUGAUACAUCUAUUAUUCUCCUUCAUAAUCCUAAGACUAAAUUCGAAGAAAUCAAUAGUGAAAAACAUUUAAAUAAUGUCACAUAUGGCAGGAAUUUUAAUUUUAAUGAAAUUUGCAAUUCGAAAAUCAACAGUUUAAGUAAUCUAAAUGUAAAUGUCUCAUCAAAAGAUUUUAAAUACAAUUCGGAAGAGUAUGAUUUCAAGAUAAAUCUAAAUAAUUGCAAUACCAAGCAACCCUUUUCGAUUGAAGGAGUGUCUAAAAAUAACAAUUUAGUAUUUUCUGGCAAAGUAGGUGAAAAAUCUUUAUACAGCAAAGACAGAGCACUAACGACAACAGUUAAGGGGUUUACCAGGCCAGUUUGUGAUAACGAUGAUAAUGAUUAUAAAAAAAAGAAGUGCAAACAUAAUUACAUAAGAAAUUUUUCGUAUUCUGCAAUGAAUAUUGAUAUUUCUUCUACUCAUUCAGCUGAUCACCAUAUUCAUAUAAUAAAAAAAAUUAAAUUGGAUGUAGAUGUUACUGAAAUAGUAACAAAUAAUGACUCAAAAUCAAAUAUUAAUACGGCCACGAUAAAUGUCGAUGAUACUUUAACACUUACGCCAACAUCAAAAUCAGAAGAACAUUUUAAAUCUUGGCAAUCAUUACCAGGGCCUUUAAACAACAAUGAGUUCCGAAAAGCAUGUGACAGCAAAACUUAUAAAUUUACCGAUCAAUUAGUUUCUACAUAUCAAAACAAGUUGCAUUCUAACACCGAAAUAUUGAAACCAAUAACUAACUUAAAAAAUAUACAUGAUAACAAAGAAAAUCCAAGUAUUGAUGAAAACUCUAAUGCUAGCUCAAAAGAAAACAAUUCAAGCAAUACAAAAAUACAAGUUUCUCAACAAGUUAAGUGUCUAAGUCAAACAAAAAAAGAAAAAUCAACCGGUGAAGGAAAAAUAAAUUGUUUUGUAAAAGACGACAAAGAAAAUGCAGAUUAUCUUGUGAAUGAAGGAGAUAUUAAUCCGGACAUGAAAAAGUUGGCUACGAAUAUUAAAGAGCCGAUACCAGACAUUAUAAAAGAUCCGUCAAAUAAUAAACAUAGACUUGGCAGUAUUUUACAAAAAUAUAGCCACGUCUUCGGAAAAAGUAGAAGAGAAGAUGUGAUAUUGGAAAGCAGCAAAUCGGAUCAAGCUGCCAGUGACAGUUCAAAAAGUGUCCACAUUAAGCGGCCUUUUAAAAUAACUGACAUAGAUAAAAUAGAUCAAAAAUUGCCAGCCAUGCUUAUUGCUAAUACUUCUUUGUGUGCAACCCCAAUCCAAAGCAAAGAUGAUAAUGUAGGAAAAGAAGAGAUAUUAGUAUCGCAAUUACCAAAUACAGUACCUGAUAUUCCCCAUAUCAAUCUUCAUGAUGUAAUAAUGACUGAAGAACAAAUAGCAAAACUCUCUCCAGUCACUUCGAUAGAUCCUUCGAUUUGUGAUUAUAAAAUAGACGAUUCAAUGUUCAAUCCUAGAACAAUACUGCAGUGUUUGAUAACGGAUGGACCGGAGAUAAUUCCGCCGCCACCGGAAUUCAGCGAUUUAAUUUAUUCUCCAUCUCAACCAGCAGAAAUAGAUUAUACACAUGAUGACCCAGUUUUCGAUAUAAUUGAAUUAGACAAUGAUAAAAAUAUAGAAGAGGACCAAAUGAACUAUAAUAACAGAGAAUUUCAAAAGAAUAAUUUUUCCGAUAAUUCAUUGGAUGGUAUUGAAACAUUGCUAUUAGAAAAUGAAGAUAUGCCUUGGACAGUUUCGUCCUCACCAGCUUUUAGAAAUACACGUCGUGGAUAUAUAUACUCUUCUGGUAGUGUACGAAAUUUAACAAAUUUAAAUUAA